AUGUGCGAACCACGCCGUCUUCUUGUCGCCAUUGAUUGCCUCUACCCAGAGGGACUACAAUUCCGGGAUGACCCAGGCCAUUGGUCGUGCGCGUCGGUACAGACAAAAACAGUCCAUGUGUACCAUCUGCUGGUGAAAUUCACGUACGACGUGAAUGUUUACCAGAGCGCCCACGGAGGCAGGCUCAUGGAGCGUGAAGGUGGCAGUCAAAAGUGGACGCUAAAUGCACGGCCGCCAAACUUUAAGUGCCUGACUUCUGCCUUGAACCGCUGCAACUUUGGGGUCACCGGUUGGCUGCCCGACCUCGGUCUUUUCUUGUGUGACCACCUAGGAUUUGCGAUGGUCCUCAUGUUGAUUUCAGAUAUGUACAUCCAACAAGCAGCUUCGGGAAUGAGCCCGGACGCAGCGGCUGCUUCCACCCCUGCGUCCUCUACGCACGAUGCUUCACCGCACUCAUAUGCAGACCCCCGCAGCCCCAGUGCGCUUCCAAGUGGUUUGCCCAAUGGCUUACCCAGUGUUCCACCUCUAGGGCUGCCGCCAGCUAAGCGACAGCGGCUUACGAAUGGUUCGGAAAAAUCAUCUGGUCUUUCGUCUGAAUCUGGCCCGGCACCUUCGGCGGUUGGUACAUGUUGGAGAAGCACGGCAAAGACGAUAUGGUUCAACUCAUCUGCAUCCACAAGAGGUGAUUCAUCCGAACGUGCCUCCAUUAGUCCAACAUGA